AAGUCAUGGCCACGCAGUAUUUUUAUUUUUCCAGGAUGUCACCAGCGGGUGUUUUCUGUGUUGAUUUUGAGGUUUGCUUUGGAUCAUAAUCCUGAUGGAAACCAAACUAUGGCCCAGUUUAAGCUUCCUGGCUGAGGCCGUCAGGUUAUGAUGUUAUUUCUGAGAAACAUAAGUAAACAAAGAAUCAUCAAUGCCUGGGAAUUCUGGUGGAUCAGUUUGUGGUAUGUAGAAUAGACUGUAAACAAGUUUUGUUGUAGUUAGCCUAGCUACAUUACAUGCUAGCUAGCAUGAAUAACGUUACUGACUUUGGAUUCUGUUUAAUGUUGAAUGAACCUGUUUGUGACAUGUAAUGGGGAAUUUCUCAUAACACUGGAGCUGCCUCUGAAAUAUCUCUGUUUGGAGGGCCAUGUAGCCCUAAUGCUUCACCCCACCCCUCUCAAGAAAAAUCAAGACCCCAAACCUAGGCAUGAACAGCAAAAUGGAGGGGUAGGGCUAAGUGAUUGACCAUAAAUCUACGUUCAUGCAGACUAAAAUGUUCUGUGUUUGUAAUGCAUCCAGCACACUGGUAAUGCCUCUAUGAAGAGGUCGUCAGGUUGGAAAUGUAUGUUGACCUUUUGCACAAUUUCACAUCAGAUUCCUGUUUUAUAAAUGAUGAAUUAAUGUGAAUUUUCAAACACGAUAACCGGAUGUAAGAAUGUUUUAUACAUUAUAAAUGAGGCUGUUGGGUUUAUGGAAGGCUGCUUUGGUCUUGUGUGAAAAGUGGAAAAAUACAACAGAAGUACAACCAGAACAGCUGUUAUUGCCACCAGAUGCUGUUUUCAAGCUAAAACAUAGAUACAAAGUAGGAAAACAACUAGGCUAGCAAUGAUAGCUGGGGGUCACAGACCAUUAGCAUUUGCCUGUUUUAGUCCAUGUACAUUUCGAGCUGCAUGUCACCCAGUGUUAAGUUUCAUUUCAUAUAAAAUAAUCCUGUAAUGAUGUGAAAUGAAAGUGAGUCAGUACAGCCUCCAAGAAGCCACACCCCCUUAAAUAAAUGUAUAUCUGACCCAGCCCUGCUUUCAUCACAUUUCAAACUCUCACAUCCACCAACAAUGAGGCUGCAAGUCACACUGCUGUUCGUCUGUGUGCUUUUCCCAAAAGCGCUGACACUGAAGUGUUAUGAGUGUAUAUAAGGGGUGUCUGGACAAUGCACCCAGACAGAUUGUCCAGAUCAGUGUACAAGCAUGACCACUACUGUGUACGCAGGUGGUGUACAAACAGCAGAAGUUAAUAUGAAGGGCUGUGCAGCAGCUGGACAGUGUGUCUCUGGAAGCCUAAACCUGGGACUUGUGAAAACGUCUCUCAACUCAAAAUGCUGCAGCACUGAUCUCUGUAACAGCAACAAAGCUCCAGCUUUGCCAAAAGGCUCUCCAAAUGGGAGGAAGUGUUACGCCUGUGCUGAUGACGACUGCUUCAGAACCGUGGACUGUGAGGGAGAUGAAGAUCAGUGCAUCAGCGGCAGAGUUAGUGUUGGUGGUGCUCAAAUGAAAAUGAAAGGAUGUGCGAGCAGAAGUUUCUGUACUGCGGACGCAUCGAGCAUGAAGGCAACUGGAGUCACUGGAAGUGUGACCUGCUGUGAGGGGAACCUCUGUAACGGUGCUGAGGGGGUUAAGCUGAGUCUUCUCAUCAUGCUGGUUCCUCUGAUCUCCUCCAUCCUCUUCAUCUGAACACCUUUUUACCAUUUUUCUUUUCUGCCUUUAAGACUAGCAGAGCUGUGUAUUGUAAGGUGUCCAAAUACAGAGUCUGAAUUGUAAUGAAGGUUUUGUUACCAAAAUAACCUGAAUAAACAGAGUGCCGACUGUAA